UUGAUUCAAUUAAUUAUUUUUAAUUGAAUUUUCGCACGUUUGCAUAACGAUUUUCUUAAUUAUUUGUUGAUUAUUUAAAUUGAUUUAAGAAGCAUCAUGGCAGAAAACAUGAUUCGAUUGCAAGAGGAAUUGAACAAUAUUCCUUUGGCAGACGAAGACGCGCAAGAUGAGAGUGAUGCCGAGACAGAAGGGACAGAAGAGCAGCAAGAAUUGGGACACCAGAGUUUUGAAUCCAUUCCUUCUGCUUAUACCAAUGGAUCAAGCAGCCCUGCACCUGCUUUAUUAGAUCCCGAUCUGAGUCCGGAUGAAAUGGAGGAAAAAUCCAGACUUAUUUCUCAAGUCUUAGAAUUGCAAAAUACUCUUGAAGACCUAUCACAAAGAGUGGACAGUGUGAAGGAGGAAAAUCUGAAACUGAAGUCAGAAAAUCAAGUACUUGGGCAGUACAUAGAGAAUCUAAUGUCUGCAUCGAGUGUGUUUCAAUGCACUUCUCCUAAAACUAAAAAGAAGGGCUCUUUUAAAGGAAAAAAAUAAUCCUCUGGUCUAAAAACAAUUGAUGAUUUUGCUUCAAACGGCAGAAGUGAACUAGUCUUCUUUCACAAUUCCUUAUUGCUUAAUGAAAGCCAAUCGGCAUUACGCUCCCAAAAGCAAAAAGCAUUGUUAAUUAUGAUUUAUUUUACGUAUUUUAAUUUAUUUAUGCAUUAUCAUACCUGUAAAUAUUUGCAUUUGUUUACUUUUAUAUAAUUUUAGAAAUUUAUCCAUUAUAUGUAAUAAAUUUUAAAUGAUUUUCACUUUAACAUGCA